AUGGGCCCUCUCCAGUCUAAAACUCCGUUCUUCGCGGUGUCUCUCUUCUGCGACCGCUACUGCUGCUGCUUCCUCUUGCUAUUGUUGCUGGUUUCGGGCCGGAAUGGUUAUUACGUCGGCGCUGAUUCCCCUCUGACCGCAAUUUCCCACGAUCUUUAUCGUUCCAGGUUAGCACAUAUCAGUUGCGAAUCCCGUAGCUAGCAGCCCGUGUGUGCCUUUUAUCUUCUCCGACUGCAAUAGGGCAUGGAUCUCCGGCUGUAACUUUAUUCUACCUUAUUUUUUCUUUGGUUGAACAGGGGCCUUUUUUUUUGUUGAGCAACGUUCCUUUUUGUUGAGCUCUCGGUGAAUUAGCUGGGAUUAUCCUCCCAUUUCUCUAAUGCUUUCCUACCUGUCUUUGGAAAUUCGUGUCAUAGUUUUCUCCCCUGUGUAGAUACCUCUCUAAGAAAGAGUAAAUAUUCUUCUCUUCUUUUCUUCAUUUAAUUUCCUGGAGAUCGCACUUAAUAUACGGCAUUUUGGCUUUAUUUCGUGAUUUUAUUGUCUUCCAUUAAUUGUGAUGUAAGGUGUAUAAGAAUUGGGUUAUCAUUUUUCCCGACCCAACCAGUUGAGGAUUUACCUCUGUCUUGUCAUCCCAGGUCUUCAAAUUUAUUUCUUUAUCUUUUGAAUCUGCUUGUAUCCAGUUUCAGGGACUUCACUCUCCGAGGUUUGGCUCUUUUAAGAAACCGUCCAUUCAAAAACUUAUAAUCUAAGGAUCCUCAAAUACUCAGGUUCUUGAAAAAUAUGUGUUUUGUAUAUCUAUUUGACAUUACAAAACCAAUUUAUACGCUCAAAUGAGUGGCUUUAUGUCAGUCCUGUGUUAUUUAAAGUUGUAAGUGGUUUAAUUGCAAGUGCAAUUAUGCAUCUCCUUGCAAUCAUGAACCACUGGAAGUUCAGGAGACGAGAAUUAUCUUGUUUUGACCAAGUUUUCAGAGCUCAGAGAAAGCAAAAAAAAUAGAAAAUCUGUGAUUAAUGAAGAGUGAAAUGUGUGAAAUUUGACUAGUGAGAAGCAGGCAUCCGAACUGCAACUCAAUGACAUGUGUAUUCCAAAGAUAAAUAUUGAAUAAUUGAUAAGAAGACUACCUGGAGCUUUCAAGGAAGUACUAAAAAUUGAUUCUAAUCCCAAUGUAAUGCAGAUCUAGAGGGAGCAAUAUUGUUAGCUCAAAUCUCCACUUGUAUGCUUCUGAAGGGGCUUUUUGAUUGAUGCCUUUGUGUGGAAUUCCUGUCUGACCACAAUGGAAUCCUUUGCAGUGGUACUCUAUUGGAUGAAGUCAAGGCCCUAGUGGGUCGUCACCCUGAGCAACUAACCGUGAGUUUUUUUGUGAAAGCAUCCGUUUGUACAUUCGUUCAAACACAGCCAUCUUUUUCACUCUGGGUUAUUUCGUGCAGAUGGAAGUGAUGAAAGCGGGUGACCCGGGUUAUUUGGCGGAGGUAACAGUUGUUACUUACAGUCGUUCUGGGAGAGACAUAGGAAAUUCAACAUUCCGGGUACUUCUUGUAAGUCAAUACGUUUUUUUUCCAUUUAUACGUGCUUUAACGAAAUAGCAGAUAAUCAUAUUCCUGACACAACAUUGUCUUUCAGAGCUUUGGACAGCAUGGGAGGGAGCUCAUUACCUCUGAAGUUGCAUUAAGACUGCUAUACGCUUUAAGUGAAGAAACCAAAGUGCCUGGAGUGGAUCCUACUUACUUAGAUCGUGUACUUGAUGAUCUUGUUAUAAAGGUAGCCUUAUAUUGUAGUAAAACUAAUCAUUUUUUAUUUUUGGCUAUAGGUCACUACUCCAGGUUAGCAGUGGACAUGUAUAAAGUUAGGAUUGUAUACAGAUAUCAGAACGAAAUGUCCUUAAACUUUUAUAUUUUUAUCACCUCCUCUGUUAUGAAGUUCAUAUAACUUUAUUGAUGGCUGGACUAGGUUGAGGGCUGAUUUCUGUGAUCCCUUUUAUUACGGGGUCUGUGUUUUAUCAUUCUGUAAAAGAUGGUUUCUUCGUCUUCACAUAGAGCUGUACUCAUCCUUAUGCUGGGAGAAUGUGAGAAAUAAAAAAUCGCGGACAAUCUUCUAGACUUGUUCUAUCUCCACUGCCUGGGUGCAGUGGCACGUAUAUUCUCAAGUUCUGCCACCGGAUGAACUUAGGAUUUCAUUCUGCUCUGAUAACCAGUUCAUAUGGACUCAGGGUCUUUUGAUGAUCUCAAUGAUUUGGUAAAAGUAGCGAUAGAUUAUCAAGAUGAUGUUUCCCUUCUAGCUGUAUGACAAACCUUUGGCAGAAUGGGAAGCAUAAAUUAACUUUCAUUGUUCAUUCUUAGCCUAGUGUGAAAAAUUACCAAUUCUCAUAAAGAUUGGCUUAAAAAUAGGUUUCUUUAAUCUGAUAUUAAAGGAAGAUUAUCAGUGUACUCUUCAAAUUGAAAAAUAGAAGAAGGUGUUUUCUGAUUACUGGUGGGGUUGGGCCCUUCGGUGACCCAUGGAGGUAGAAAAGGUAGUGAUACCAACUAGGAGGGGGAAGAAAAACAAGAGGGAACGAGAGAAUUAUGCUCCCAGUUCACCAAAGCAUGCGGUCUCCAAUAAUUUUGUAAAGAAGUUAAUCUGCACAGAAUAUUAGUCGUAAAUUGGAUAUUUUCAUUCUAGGAUUGUUCUUUUAGCCUUUCUUUCAUUUCAUUUUCUCUUAGGUUUUUGUUCCAAAGUCUUCAAUUAGAUUCUGAUUCGUAGACCAAUUCCAGGGGAAAAGUCGAAAUAUUAUUGUUGGUGGGCAUGUCAGGCUCCUGCCUGCAUGUGGUUGGCAGCUACAUAUAAACUACAUGCACAAUUCAUUCUUCUCCAGAAAUUAGAAGUGAGUAAUCCAGUGCAGAGAAUGAUGAACAUUAUGGUCAAUGGUAUGAUUCUCCUUGUCCAGAAUGUAUGGACUGGUUAGAAAGCCUCUCACUUCAUGCAUGUGUACACAUGUCUGAUGAUUAUGCUGCAUUAUUGCCUGUCUGUCAGCAUAUCAGAGGAGUAUUCGAACUACGUUUUGCUGGUAGUUUUUACUUUUUUCUUCGUCCAAAGAAAUUUUACUUUUUUAUCUUUGCCGUAGGUUUUGUCAUUGUGCAGCAAUUAACUCCUCCAUGAAGCAUGGAUGAGGAAUAUUCAUGUUUUUGCGUUUAUUAUGCUCCAACUCUCUGGCAAAAGCUGCUGAUGUUUUCAGUUGAGAGCAUGCUCAAACCACAGUAGUUUCGAAUUUCACAGGUAGUGCCCAUGGAAAAUCUCAAUGGGCGCAAGCUUGUUGAGUCGGGAGAGCUUUGUGAGAGGAGAAAUGGUAGGCAGCACCAUUGAUCUUUCAAAUUGAUGACCGUCAGAUGCUGAGAGUUUCGAUGUUAUGUAGGAAGGGGAGUCGAUCUCAAUCGAAACUGGAGCGUGGACUGGGGGAAGAAGGAGCAGGUGCGCUUAACGAAUCUGGAAACAUGCUCCUGUUAGAUUUUGGAGUGUUUUCAUGACUAAACCUGUUACUUUGCGAUGCGUUGUCCCAGAGGCGCGCAUCUCUGUACAUGGUUGAAUAAAUGCGAGAAACCCUGCUACGCUGCUGUUUGAUGCCUACCUUAUCCGUGUUCAAUAAUAUGACUAUAUGAUUUUGUUACUUUCUCUGUGAUCCCUGGAUCGAUCCUCUUGAUUUUUAGAUCUCUUCAUGCACCUAUUUAACAUCCAUGAAAUGUUCUAUCGGCUGAUGAAUUUGUUUUUUCCUCCUAGGACUUUGAUCCUUAUGAAGAAAACCCUGGAACAGCUCCUUUCAGCGAGCCUGAGGCCCAGAUCAUGCAGAAACUCGCAGAGUCCUUCAGUCCGCAUGUUUGGGUGAAUGUACACUCUGGAAUGGAGGUACCUCCCCGUUGAUGAUCUUGGCUAACUUAUAGAUUCUUUGAGAAAAUCUGGGAGUUCAGUAGUAAUGUUCCAUUUUUGUAAACGAGCAGAUCAUCAAUUUUCUAUGCUAGAAGUAGGUAUGAUAGGGAUCAUUACCGCCCACAUAGGAAGCGAGUCUAUGAACAAAAAUAGCAUGUUUCUUUGACUUUUAGAACUUUUGCUGUUAUCGAUACAGUCUGCAUCUGUUUCUCUUGUGUUGUUUAUGGUGCUUCCUUCUUGUGGAAUUUGUUUGGUUUGAAUUAUUCCUUGUUGAUGACCACAUGUGAUAAGAUGUUUUGCCAUAAAAGGAAAUGAAUUUUAUGUUUGUGGCUUUGAUUGAACUAAUUAGUGUUCCCUUGAAUCCUGAGAACGAUCGUUGACCAGGGCCUGUUCAUGCCGUACGACCACAAGAACUCAACACCCGGCGGAUCCAAGUUCUGGGCCAUGAAGUCUAUCCUGGAGGAGGUGAACCGUCGCCACUGCCAUGGCAGAUGCAUCGUCGGAUCUGGCGGAGGCUCUGUUGGGUCCGCAGCAAUCACUGUGCUGUUUUAAACAACGAAAGAUGAGCAAUAACUGUAGGUUUUGAUAUCAUUGACUAGGGUUUUUCUUUCAGAUACCUCGCUCAUGGAACCUCGACGGAUUACAUGUAUGACAUCCUGAGAGUGCCCAUCUCCUUCACCUUUGAGGUGGGUGAUUCUUGUUUUCUUUUACCAGUUGAGGGUGAUCGGCGGAUCAGAGAUUGGUUAAGAGUCUUCUUCCUUGCAGAUAUAUGGAGACCUCGAAGCUCCUUCCAAGGACUGCUUCAGGAUGUUCAAUCCGGUGGAUGCCGUCACCUUCAGCGUACGUGAUUUCAGCCAUGGGAGCUGAUUUUUCCUCCACCCGGAUCAGAAAUAGUAAUGUCUGUGGCGUGUUGAUUUCCAGAGCGUCGUCAACGAGUGGUGUGCGGCGUUCCUUCUGAUGUUUGAGAUCGCGCCCCGCCGGCUGGGGGACACCGACGGCGGCCGUGUCUCUGGCGAUUACGGCGACUCCUCUGGUGGGCUGAUCUCCGAGAGCGGCGGCGUGGCGGCGCUAAGGGGGGGUGGCGCGAAGGUGGAGGGGAUCGAGCUAGGGUUGCAGGAGCUAAAAACCUACUUCCGGCUGUUCAUGAUGUCGACGGUCGUCCUCAUGUUCAUGUUCUGCACCAGGAUCUCGAGAAACAGGUCCAGACAGACAAAAUUUGGUCCGCUCCCCCUCUGA